GGAGAGCCUGGACCACCUGGUGACCAAGGGCGGGAAGGACCCCUCGGACCACCUGGCGACCAGGGCGAGGUUGGACCCCCAGGACCCAAGGGCUACAGGGGAGACGACGGUCCCCGCGGCAAUGAGGGCCCAAAGGGAUUGCCUGGAGCACCUGGGCUGCCUGGAGACCCUGGCCUGAUGGGAGAGAGGGGGGAGGAUGGCCCUCCUGGGAACGGCACGACUGGGUUCACAGGCGCCCCAGGGCAGCCAGGAGACAGAGGUGACCCUGGCAUUAACGGAACGAAAGGCUAUGUCGGUCCUAAAGGUGACGAAGGAGAAGCUGGCGACCCUGGCAAUGAUAACCCAACCCCUGGCCCCAGGGGCAUCAAAGGAGCGAAGGGCCAUAGGGGACCUGAAGGCCGCCCGGGACCACCAGGACCUGUGGGGCCUCCAGGACCAGAUGAAUGUGAGAUCUUGGACAUCAUCAUGAAGAUGUGCUCUUGCUGCGAGUGCACCUGCGGUCCCGUCGACCUCCUCUUCGUGUUGGACAGCUCGGAGAGCAUUGGCCUGCAGAACUUCCAGAUUGCCAAGGACUUCAUCAUCAAAGUCAUUGACCGCCUGAGCAAGGAUGAGCGUGUGAAGUUUGAAGCCGGGGAGUCCCGUGUGGGCGUUGUGCAGUACAGCCAUGACAACACGCAGGAGCUGGUGGCCAUGGGGGAUGCCAACAUAGACAAUAUCGGAGCACUCAAACAGGCAGUCAAGAACCUGAAAUGGAUAGCUGGGGGCACCUACACUGGAGAAGCCCUGCAGUUCACCAAGGAAAACCUGCUGCGGAGAUUCACCUCUGACAAGCGCGUCGCCAUCGUCAUCACGGAUGGACGCUCCGACACGCUGCGGGACCCUACGCCGCUCAACUCUCUGUGUGAUGUCACUCCGGUGGUUUCCCUUGGGAUAGGUGACAUUUUCCGGAACCCUCCAAAUCCCGAUCACCUGAAUGACAUCGCUUGUUUAAGCAGACCGACCAGGCCAGGACUGUCCAUUCAAAGGGACAACUACGCCGAGCUCCUGGAUGACACCUUCUUGCAGAACAUCACCUCAUACGUCUGCCAAGAGAAGAAAUGUCCGGAUUACACCUGCCCAAUCACCUUCGCCGGGCUGGCAGACAUCACGCUGCUGGUGGACAGCUCCACCAGCGUGGGAAGCAAGAACUUCGAGACCACCAAGAAGUUCGUGAAGCGGCUGGCGGAGCGGUUCCUGGAGGCCGGCAAGCCUGCCGACGACUCCGUGCGCGUCUCGGUGGUCCAGUACAGCGGCAGGAACCAGCAGAAAGUGGAAGCUCAGUUCCAGUACAACUACACAGUCAUUGCGAAAGCCAUUGACAACAUGGAGUUCAUUAAUGAUGCCACGGAUGUCAAUGCCGCUCUGCAGUACGUCACGGGGCUGUAUCAGCGGUCGUCCCGUGCUGGGGCGAAAAAGAGGGUUCUGGUGUUUUCUGAUGGCAACUCUCAAGGGAUCACCCCGAGGGCCAUUGAGAGGGCUGUGCAGGAAGCUCAGCAGGCUGGCAUCGAGAUCUACGUGCUGGCAGUGGGCAGCCAAGCCAACGAGCCCAACAUCCGUGUCCUGGUCACGGGGAAGAGUGCAGAUUACGAUGUGGUCUAUGGGGAGCGCCACCUCUUCCGUGUGCCCGACUAUACCUCUCUGCUGCGUGGCGUCUUCUACCAAACUGUCUCCAGGAAGAUAGCUGUUGACUGAGCAUUUGGGUAGGUUUCUGCCAAGGCCGUGCCUGCUUCUGUCUCGCCUAAAAUUGAAAACCAACAAAACAAAAAAAAAUCUUAACAGUAUUUUUGACCAACCUGAGGAAUUGUGUCUAUGCAGAUAGUAAUAGUGCCACAGCCUGGCUGUGCAUUGUCCCCUUCCUUCUCCCCCUGCUUCAUCAUCUGUCUCUCUACUCUGUUAG